UUUGUCAAACAGUGAUUUUCUUCACAUCAUGUCACCCUCUUUGGGCUGGUACGACUACAUAAUUUUCGCCGGCAUGCUGGUGGUCAGUACCAUAAUUGGUAUUUAUUUCGGAUGCUUCGGAACCAAGCAAUCCACGAUCAGACAAUACCUCAUGGGAGGCAAAAACAUGAAAGUGGUUCCGAUUGCGGUAUCCGUAGCAGUGAGCCAUAUUUCAGGUGUUUUGCUUUUAGUCACGGUGGCCGACGUGUACAGAUACGGAGCUAGCCUUUGGUUAUUCAUGGUUAGCUACGUCAUCAUGGGUUUUCUUGCCGUUUUUGUCUAUCUUCCAGUUUUCUUCAAAAUGCAAGUUACUAACAUUUACGAGUACCUGGAAAUAAGGUUUGACAAAAAAACACGAAUGUUGGCUUUCGUGUUCUAUGUGCUGUCCGAGAUUCUUAUGUUUCCGCUUUAUGCGUACACAGCAGCUUUGACUUUUGCAACCGCUACUGGGAUUAACAUUAACUUGACUGCUACUGUCUUGUGUGUGGUUUGUGUUUUUUACACUUCAAUAGGAGGUUUGAAGACUGUAAUCUGGACUGAUUUUCUCCAGUUUGGAAUAAUAGUAGCUUGUUUUUUGACUGUUUUUGGGAUAGGUCUUGGUACAUCUGGAGGAAUAACAUCAGUUUGGAGUACAGCAGAAGUUGGUGGAAGACUAGAAAUUUUUAAUUUCACUAUUGAUCCUACCACAAGAGAUAGUUUCUGGGCAUAUCUCAUAGGCACCAGCUUUCUAGCGACUACCUUAAUAGUCGUCCAUCAAACCGGUGUCCAGAAAUUUUUGGCCUUACCAACAUUCACAGACUGUAUAUGGUCAGUGGUGUUUACUGUCUUUAACAUGUGUUUAGUGAACACGUUGGGGGUUUUCAUUGGUUUAGUAACUUAUUCCAGAUACAAAGACUGUGACCCUUUAAUUAGUAAAAAGAUAUCAAAACACGAUCAACUCUUUCCAUAUUUCGUAACAGACAUCGGUACGAACAUUCCAGGAAUUACAGGUCUUUUUAUAGCGACCAUUGCAAGUGCAUCCCUCAGCUCAAUAUCGUCGAACUUGAACUCUUUAUCCGGUGUCAUCUACAAAGACUUUGUGUGUUUGUUUUUGAAAGAAAAACCCGAGAAACAGAGUAGUAAUAGUCUGAAGAUAAUAGUAUUUGUGGUUGGAUUGUUGUGCACUUGUUUAGUUUUUGCUGUGGAGAGAAUGGGAGAAAUCAUUUCUAUCACCUUGACGAUUGUGGGGCUUACGCAAGGACCUUUACUUGGCAUUUUUACGUUAGGAGUUCUUUUCCCAACAGCUAAUCACCAUGGGGCUUUCUAUGGGAUGGUUGCAGGAUUUAUAGCCGUCUCGAGUAUAGCAGUUCCUGCUAAGUACUAUCAGUUGAAAGGGUUUAUUACAAAUCCAACAAAACCACUUUCUGUUAGUGGUUGUGGUCUUUCCAAUCAAACUCUAAGUAUUUCGAAACACAUAUCUUCAAACUCAACUUUAAAUCAAAUUCCACAAGUAUCGGUGAUUUUUAAAGUGUCGUUCUACUAUUAUGUACUGAUUGGUACCAUCGUGACUGUGAUUGUUGGAUUAAUCGUUAGUUGUAUAAUAAAACGUAACUCUUCAGUAGAUAAGAAUCUUCUAACUCCUGUCGUGCAUUCUUGUAUGUCUACAAAAGAUGAAGAUAAACAAAAAGUGGUGUACACUGGCGUAGAACAAGCAUUAGAAAUUCUCGAAGAAAAUAAUUGAUGCAGUACAGGUUCUUAUUUGUAAUCAUAACGUUUUAGGUUAAAUAGGUGUGAAGUUGACGAAAGCGGUUAUUUAUGUAGCGUUUUGUUAGGUGUUAAAUAAAGAGCACUACUUAACUUG